UUGAAAGGUUGAAGUCCUAUCUUAUCCAAUCUCGUCGACAAGCCAGGCACUCCUUUGGUUUUCGAUGGACUUGUGUAGCCAGUUCAAUACUUCCUGUUGUCGAACUUAGGUCUUCAUCAAUAACAGCCACAAGAGUGUGUACUUAUCGGAGCUCAGACACGGCCACGCCUCUCUAUGCCCAUAAUAUUCUCUAUGCCCAUGGCAUUUUCAAUGAUUUGAGAAAUUUUUGAUUUUCGAAUCACAUCAUCUCAAAACCUUUCACAAUAUUGUCAACAUAAAUUUUUUAGUUUUUAAUUUAUAAUUUUUUCAUUUUUUACUUUAAGAAGAUGAAAAAUUUGCGCUUCUUCAGAGAUGCUUGCAAUGAUCUGUUGCACCGCCAUGUGAACCUCGAUGUGUUCUCCAUUUGGCCCACGCGCCAUGCUCAGAAUCGACGUCAAUAUGUAAUACGGCGUGCGAUCAAGAACUGGUUGCCUUGGCUCUUUUGGUUCUGUGUCGUCUACAGUUUUUUGGGGCUGAUCCAUAAUUUCGUUGAAUUGGUGCGAGCCAAGUUGGUCGCUACGCGACCUGUGUCCAUGUGGCGUGUCCGCUGCUUCUAUGGGCUGCGAGACACGAUCAUUCGUCAAAUGCGCGUCAUGGGUAGCCUCGUCAUGAUCGUCUGCUGGCUGAUGCUCUUCAUAGGCCUCUUGUGGAGCAAACCCAUAUAUAUGAAGCCCUGGCUGACAGUAACAAGAUUUAUCUUACCUUUUGACUUGGUUCUGUGGAGUCUGGAGGUUACCUUUGGACGCGAAGAGUUCAGUUGGCAAGCGAUUCUUAGCUUUGCGCUGCCUUGCAUAUGCCAAUUUUUUGUGGAUUGUCUGAAAAGAGCUCUCGAGGAACCCAAUCAGAAACUGUUCAAGGCAUGAACCACUUACUACGACAGAUGCUAGUUAGUUCUCAAUUGGUUUUAAUAAAUUUAUUUAUCUC